UCGUAUGUGGUCGCAUCUGUUUUCACACACUACACGCACUAACAAACCAAAUUAUUUCACUGAUAAAAAGGCGAAAAUAUAGGGCUGUGAAUUCAAUUACUACUCAUCACAACAUAUUCUGAUUUCGGAAUAAUCAUGGCUUCUGCUCCAACAAGCUCAGAGCUCCACUAGAAUUGCGAAUCUGCCCCCAAUUGGCAAUUGCGACGACGUGUAGUAUUGAAAAGGAAUUGCAGGAUUUGAAUCUAAACCCUAAUUUUCCCCUGCUUUUUUUGGCUGCGGAUUUGAAUUUUUAGCACUGAAUCUCGGAUUUGGAUUCUGGACAUCUGUUUUUUGAAUUGAAUUUUCCUGGAAUAUUUGUUGUGAUUGUUGGAAGUGAAGAAUCGGGAAUGGAGAGAUCGAGAUCUAAGAGAUACUAUUAUGACCAGGACUAUGAAUCUGAAACCCUACACUCCCGGAGCAAGCCGCGCUACGGCAACAAUUCACACGGAGGUGGCGGCGGAGGCGGAGGUGGAGGUCACCAUUAUGCUCCGAGCUAUCGGCGCUCUUCAUCCUCCUCUGGCGGAGGCGGCGGUGGUGGUGGUGGAGGAGGAGGAGGAGGAGGAGGGAGGAAACUGCAGGAUCAUUCCUUGAUGGUGACAACGAGCUACCGGAUUCUGUGCCACGAUGUGAAGGCGGGGGGAGUAAUUGGGAAAUCUGGAAGCAUUAUUAAGGCGAUUAGGCAGCACACUGGGGCGUGGAUCAAUGUGCACGAGCUGAUGCAGGGGGAUGAGGAGAGGAUUAUCGAGAUCUCCGACACCCGGAGGCGGGACCCAGAUGGGAGGAUGCCGUCGUUCUCACCCGCGCAGGAGGCGCUGCUCUUGAUACAUGAGAGGAUUUUGGAGACUGAUGGGGGAGGAGGGUAUGGGCAUAAUGAUGGCUUUGUGGAGGAUGAUAAUGAGGAGUAUGGUGGCAGAGGAGGAGGAGGAGGACCCCCCGGUAAUAGAGUCGUGACGAGGCUGGUGGUUUCCCGGAUGCACGUGGGGUGUUUGCUGGGGAAAGGAGGGAAGAUAAUCGAGCAAAUGAGGAUGGAGACCAAGACACAUAUUAGGAUUUUACCGCGAGAUCAUACACUGCCGCGUUGUGUUGCCAUGUCUGAGGAGAUUGUUCAGGUUGUUGGUGACAUGAAUGCUGUGAAAAAUGCUCUAGCAAUCAUUUCUUCUCGCUUGAGGGAAAGCCAACAUCGUGAUAGAAGCCAUUUUCAGAACAGAGUACAAUCACCUGACCGUUUCUAUCCUCCAGAUGAUGAUUUCCAUGUCAACAACAGACGAUCAUCCGCGGAAGGGCCUGGUUUUGGAUCUAGGUAUUCUGGAGGUUCCAGGAACAACAACUAUUCCUCACGUUCAUCUGGAUUUGCCCAUGAGUCCGGACCUGCUAGUGUAUCUGAUAAUACUCAAUCAUUUCCCGGCGAGGAUCUUGUGUUUCGCAUACUAUGCCCUGUUCGUAAGGUUGAUUAUGUUGUUGGUGAGUCGGAUGGAAUCAUUGAUUUGCUUCACAAUGAAAUAGGCGUCAACAUUGAUGUAUCUGAUCCAAUUAAUGGAUUGGAUGAGCUUAUCAUAAUCAUAUCUUCUGAUGAGGGUCCCGAUGACGAGUUGUUUCCUGCCCAAGAAGCUUUAUUACAUAUACAAACUCGCAUUGUAGAUCUUGUUCCAGAAAAAGAAAAUAUCAUUACAACUCGGCUGCUUUUACAAUCAGAUGAAAUUGGUUCUUUGGCUGACCUAGGUAAAAUCAGUGGUGCGAGUGUAGAGAUUCUGCCAAGAGAACAACGUCCCUUGGGUGUAUCCGGGAUGGAUGAGAUAGUACAGAUAGUUGGGGAGAUCAAAGCUGCUCGAGAGGCUCUCGUGGAGGUGACAUCAAGGAUUCGGAGUUACAUAUAUCGCGAGUUUCAUGAGAAGGAUGAACCGGUCUCUCAUAUUUCUGCUCCUAGCCUUGUCAAUGGUGGUAUGGAACCAGAGGCAGCUUCAAGAAGCAAUAUACCUCAUUCUGUCGAAACACAUGCUGGAAAUGGUCCUGCUCUUUCUUCCCCUCAUAGUUUCUCAACCACUACUACAACAUUGCAAAAAGUAAAGGAUGUGGCUCCCACACCCUCAAAUGCCGAUGCAGUGAAGCAAAAUGAGAGUGAGCGACGCGAAGAUCAUCAGCCCAGCAUAUUGAAUAGAAUCUCAGUACCACUCGUGACAAGAAGUAUACUGGAAGUUGUCAUUCCACCCCAUGCAGCGGCUGAACUCGCCAAGAAAUCAAGAAAGCUCACUUUGAUCAGUGAGCUAUCCGGAGCAACCGUGAAACUGGUAGACGAUGGUCCAGAAGCAACAGAGAAGGUAAUUCAGAUAUCAGGUACUCCAGAGCAAGCAGAGAGAGCUCAGAGUUUACUUCAAGGAUUCAUCUUGAGCACCGAAGAAGAUGGGUAGGCACGAUCAGUGUAAGGUGUGACGCAGCAACAGUUUUCGUGGAUAAUCUGAGUUUUUAGGGUGGCGUUCCUUCGGAUUACCCCGUUGCUGGAACGGAGUAGCAGAACGUAAGCAAAUGUGACUAGUUGUUUGGAACUUAAUAUUAUAAUUCAUUUGAUGAAUCUUACCUUCUUGUAUGUUGUGGGAAUGUAAGCCUUGUUUGCAUUUGUUUUAAGUAUAUAGUAUUUUCGGAAAUACUUUUCAA